AUGAGGUACGAGCCGCAAGGGGAACGGGAGUUCAAUUGCCGAAUAACUUCUCGGGUGUCAUCAAGGCAUCUCAAGUUUGCGGACGUGACGAUUCAUCACAUUGGGUCUCCUCCAAAGCGAAGCCUUAACGGGCGACCGUAUCUCAGGGUCUUUUACACCGGAGAAAGCAACCAAACCAAUCAGUUGACAAAUAAUGAAGCUAAUCAACGUUUGUUUGGCAUAAUUGUCUCCUUUCACCUCCAUCGGCAGUACCACUUCACGUGGACCCAUCGUCAGCAGCCGCAUUUCAUGAGUAUCCUUCACGGUAACCGAAAUAAUGAAGAUGCCACCAGCGGUGCCACGUGGUCAGCGUGGAAACAACGCCAGUCAGCAGUUGCGGCGUUUGGGUCUAGUUGCAGAGCAAACCGUCAAAAGGUAUUCAGUCGCCUGUCGAAGAACUACUCUGUUCACAACUAUGGUGCAUGUGGCGAUAGUCACCCGCUCCCCUCUGAAUGUGCAGCUGUUGUGGGUCGUUAUCCUCAGAAGUUGUGCGUCUUCCGCAAGUACAAGUACGCCGUGGCGUUCGAGAACACGAAAGAAGUCGACUAUGUGACAGAGAAGGUGUACCAUGCCCUCUUGAGUGGCACUGUCCCACUAUACUGGGGCAUUCCGAACAUCGACGAUUUUGUUCCGAUGGGCCGUAGUAGCUUUGUGGAUGUGGAACCAUUUAUCCCAGGCAUGUUGGGUGACUUGUCGACGGUGAGUGAGACGAGCGGUGAGGAAGAAGAGGAGGAGGAGGGAUUCCGGCGUCUUGGACAAUAUCUGAAGCAGCUGGAGUUUGACGAAGUGGCAGUACGGCAUCUAUUUGCUUGGCGCAGUGUCACACAUGCGGAGGAAUGGGGUGAGCGGUUCCUUAACAACAUGUACCACACGGACCCUGUCUGCGCAAUCUGUGCCGAAACCCGCAAGAAACGUGGUAUUGUACUGAGGCACAAGUAG